GUUGAUGCAGUCUAUCGCGACACUCCGUGACAGCGACAAUCUCCUGAAAUGCGCUCUCUGGCCAAUCUGUAUUGCGGGCUUGGAAUGUCAAGUGACUGAGGAACAAGAGUUCCUCAUCCGAUCUCUUGAGCAAUUCUGGGAGAGCACCAAGUGCGUCAACGUGAUCAACGCGGCCAAAAUUCUGCAGCGGCACUGGCAGGAUCAGCGCCGUCAGAGCCGCAUUUCCUCCUCGUGGAUUGUGGAUAUCGGCCGGUCGGGCCGUGAUUGGCUGCUGAUUUAGUCAGCCAUUCUGUGGCUCGUGCGCUGUAGGUGCAGUGCGGAACCGAUCUUACCACAUCGGGAAAGUGGGGGGAGUGGGGCUGUUCUUCGCCGCCACCUCCAGAAGUAUACAAGAUAUAUAAGUACAAGACAGGCUCCGUGCUUCAGGCCGGCAUUUACUUUCGCACCACUGAAAUUGCCAGCCCCAACUAUGACUCCAAAUCACAAAGCUCACCCUGCCACCCUGGCGCUGCAUGCAGACGACCCGCUGCAUCUGGUGACCGACGUCGCCCCCCCAAUUCAUCUUUCCACUACAUUUCGGUACCCCGACAACCCCGAUGAAUUGAUUCCAUCAGGAGAUCCUGUUGACGAGUUCAACGGCAAGAAUUAUGUCUACUCCCGAGAAUUCGCUCCCAAUGCGACCCGCUUCGAAUCCAUCUUGACCAGUUUGAUCGGAGGACAUGCUAUCAGCUACGCGACUGGCCUCGCCGCUCUCACUGCGGCGUUGACUCUUUUGAAUCCGCGACACAUCUCUGUGGGCCAAGGGUACCAUGGUAGUCAUGAAGUGAUUGCUGUGAUAUCUCGUCUCUCCGGGCUGCAGAAGCUUGACCUGGAUUGUCCUGCGGAGAGCUUGGAGGAAGGAGAUGUUAUCUUGCUGGAGACUCCUAUCAACCCCCUGGGUACCGCAUUUAGCAUAGAAGAAUAUGCCAAGAAGGCGCACUCCCGCGGCGCCUACCUCAUCGUCGACAGCACGUUUGCACCGCCGGGCUUACAAGACCCAUUUCUAUGGGGAGCUGACCUCGUCUUACACUCUGGAUCCAAGUAUUUCGGAGGGCACAGCGACAUGCUAUGUGGAGUCCUCGCUACCCGAAACGGGAAAUGGAAGAAGCAACUGAUCGAAGAUCGCUUGGCCGUGGGCAAUGUCAUUGGGAACCUGGAGGCUUGGUUGGGCGUCAGGAGUCUGCGGACGUUAGAAGUCCGUGUGCAGCGGGCGAGUCAGACCUGCAGCAAACUCGUCUCAUGGCUGGAUCAAUCUUCCAAGUUUCCCAACCCUGUGCCAGGGAGCGAGGAAAGUAUCGUGCAGGCUGUCGUAAGCACAAUUUAUCAUGCUAGUCUGCAGGACGAACCGUGGCUGCAGAAGCAAAUGCCCAAUGGGUUCGGCCCGGUCUUCGCCAUCGUGCUCAAGAAGGAGGAAUUUGCACGGAGCUUGCCGAGCAAGCUGAGCUUCUUUCAGCAUGCGACUAGUCUAGGCGGUGUAGAGUCGUUGAUUGAGUGGCGCGCUCUUUCGGAUUCGCGGGUUGAUCGAAAGUUGCUGCGGCUCAGCAUUGGUCUUGAGCACUGGGAAGAUUUGAAAGAUGACCUGCUCCAGGCUUUCAAGGCGCUGGUCGAUGCUUCACAUUAGCCCAACACUCGAUUGCAGAAUCAAGAGAGCUUCCCGCAAAAUACUUGGGUGGUCAGAUCUACUUCGU